GCGUUAGGGUAACCGGUACCGGUACCCCGGUCAGUCUUGUUUUCAAAACAUAACCUACCACAUAAAAGGAAUACCACAAAUAAGAAUAUAAUAAAGAUCAAUCGCGACUGGCUGCUACUUUUAAUUAUUCAAUUCGAAUUGAAUCGAUGUAAUGGGUGAAAUUACGAUGGAGGUAGAAUACGCUCUGCGUCCGAUGAAUUGUGAACUCAAUCAGCUUUCUAUGUCAGAUGGAUCAUCCAUGUUUAUGCAAGGGAAUACUUCCUGUAUAGCUGGUGUCUACGGACCGGUUGAGGCGAGACUACAGAAAAUGAUUUAUGACAAAGCCAGUGUUGAAGUAACAUUCAGUCCCCUAAAGGGACCACCAAGUAUCGAAGACAGAUCCAAAGAGCUGUAUAUUAAAGAAACCUGUGAAUCUUCACUCAUAACUGCUCUACAUCCUAGUACCUCUAUUUCUAUAAACAUUCAAGAGAUGCAAGAUGCUGGUGGAUUGUUGGGUUGCGCCAUUAAUGCUGCUUGUAUGGCACUAAUAAAUUCCAGUCUUCCAAUGAAAUACACUAUCGCUGCAGUCAAUUGUAUGAUUGACAAAGAAAGUGGAAAAUUACUUCUCGAUCCGGAUGCCAAAGAGUUACAAAAUUCUCGAGCAUCUUUCACAUUUGCUUUCGAAAGUAUAAAAAAAGAGUUGGUUUGUUGCCACACUACUGGACGUUUCAACGAUGAUGAAUUUUUUGCUUCGAUGGAGAAAUGCAGGAGUGCUAGCCAGCACGUAUUCGAAUUUUAUCGAGAAAUUGUUAAAAAAUAUGCUAAUCGAAUAUGAGAUAAUAAACAAUAAAUAUAAGUUUUCACAA